UUCGUACCCAGAAUGCACAGAGAAAACACCAUAAAAGCAACACUUUUCAGGUAUCAUGGCGAUGGCUACCUCUGCGUGAGACCUCUCGCUGCUUCUCAUCUCUGAAAGCGAGGAUUUUUAAAGCGCGGAUAGGCGGAGGCCGCCUUUCGCCGGUCGGUGGAGGAGUGGGCGCCGCGGAGGCGAGCUGUGCACGAUGGCAGCGUCCGAGCUUUACACUAAGGAGGCCAGGGUUUGGAUCCCUGAUGCUGAAGAUGUAUGGAAAUCAGCAAAGCUUCUUAAGGACUACAAGCAGGGUGAUAAACUACUCCGCCUGGAACUGGAGGAUGGCACGGUGGUGGAACACCAGUUGGAUCCCAGGACCAUGAAUCUGCCUCAUCUUCGCAACCCUGACAUCUUGGUUGGUGAAAAUGACCUCACGGCUCUCAGUUACCUCCAUGAGCCUGCUGUCCUGCAUAACCUCAAAGUGCGCUUUAUAGAUUCCAAGCUUAUUUACACCUACUGUGGUAUCGUCUUGGUGGCCAUCAACCCAUAUGAAACUUUACCCAUCUAUGGCACAGAUAUUAUCAAUGCUUACAGUGGACAGAACAUGGGCGACAUGGACCCUCAUAUAUUUGCAGUGGCAGAAGAGGCUUAUAAACAAAUGGCCAGGGAUGAGCGGAACCAGUCUAUAAUUGUCAGCGGUGAAUCGGGCGCUGGUAAAACUGUAUCUGCCAAGUAUGCAAUGAGAUACUUUGCAACAGUCAGUGGGUCGGAAAGUGAGGCCAAUGUGGAGGAGAAGGUGUUGGCCUCAAACCCCAUCAUGGAGUCAAUAGGUAACGCCAAAACUACCAGGAAUGACAACAGUAGCCGUUUUGGGAAAUACAUCGAGAUCGGAUUUGACAAGAGGUACAGGAUUAUUGGUGCCAACAUGAGAACUUACCUGCUGGAGAAGUCCAGGGUGGUGUUUCAGGCCGAUGAAGAGAGGAAUUAUCAUAUUUUCUAUCAACUGUGCGCAUCAUCAAACUUGCCGGAGCUUAAAGUCCUCAAGCUAGUCAGUGCAAACAAUUUCCACUACACAAAGCAGGGUCGCAGCCCCGUAAUCGAUGGUGUGGAUGAUGCAAAAGAGCUGAUCAACACGAGGAAUGCCUUCACAUUAUUAGGUAUCAAUGACUCCUACCAGAUGGGCAUCUUCCGCGUCCUUGCUGCUAUACUGCACUUGGGGAAUGUGGAGAUUAAAGAUCGGGAUUCAGACAGCAGCAUAAUCCCUCCCAAUAAUGCCCACCUGACUGUAUUCUGCGACCUGAUGGGAGUGACAUAUCAGGACAUGUCCCACUGGCUCUGCCACAAGAAGCUUAUAACAGCCACAGAAACGUAUAUCAAGCCUUUUCCCAAGCUGCAGGCAAUCAAUGCCAGGGAUGCCCUUGCCAAACACAUUUAUGCCAAACUUUUCAGCUGGAUAGUGGAUCACGUGAACAAAGCCCUGCAUGCCACUAUGAAGCAGCAUUCUUUCAUUGGGGUGCUUGACAUCUAUGGGUUUGAAACUUUUGAGAUCAACAGUUUUGAACAAUUCUGUAUUAAUUACGCAAAUGAGAAGCUGCAACAACAGUUCAAUAUGCACGUGUUUAAACUGGAACAAGAAGAGUACAUGAAGGAGGAGAUCCCCUGGACGCUGAUCGACUUCUAUGACAAUCAACCUUGCAUCAACUUAAUUGAAGCCAAGCUGGGAAUCUUGGAUUUGCUGGAUGAAGAGUGCAGGAUGCCAAAAGGAUCUGAUGAUACCUGGGCCCAGAAAUUAUACAACACUCACUUGAAUAAAUGUGACCUGUUUCAGAAACCUCGCCUCUCGAAUCGCGCCUUUAUAAUUCAGCACUUUGCCGACAAGGUUGAAUAUCAAUGUGAAGGAUUUCUGGAGAAGAACAAAGACACCGUUUAUGAAGAACAGAUACAUGUGCUAAAGUUAAGCAAGAAGUUUGAACUUCUAGUUGAAUUAUUCCAAGAUGAGGAGCAAUCGGUUAGCCCCACAGAGGCUCAGACAGGGGCCCGAACUCGACUCAGUGUUAAACCACUCAAAGCACGAGCCACUCAGAGCAGCCGGGAGCAUAAGAAAACGGUGGGCCACCAGUUUCGUAACUCACUGCAGCUGCUAAUGGAAACCCUGAAUGCCACCACACCCCACUACGUCCGCUGCAUCAAGCCAAAUGACUACAAAUACCCUUUCACAUUUGAUCCCAGGAGAGCAGUACAGCAGUUAAGAGCCUGUGGUGUUUUGGAAACCAUUCGGAUUUCUGCUGCUGGCUUCCCUUCCAGGUGGACCUAUCAAGAGUUCUUCAGCCGAUAUCGUGUUUUAAUGAAGCAGAAAGAUGUGUUGAGCGAUCGAAAGCUGACCUGCAGGAACGUCCUGGAAAAGCUCAUCAAGGAUAAGGAUAAAUAUCAGUUUGGAAAAACGAAAAUUUUUUUCCGGGCUGGUCAAGUGGCCUACUUGGAAAAACUGCGAGCAGACAAGUUGCGUGCAGCCUGCAUUCGCAUCCAGAAAACUAUACGCUGUUGGCUGCUACGCAAGAAGUACCUGCGCAUGCGAAGUGCUGCCAUCACCAUCCAGAGGCAUGUCCGAGGCUACCAGGCACGAUGCCUGGCCAAAUUCCUACGCCGAACAAGGGCUGCCAUUACCAUCCAGAAGUUUCAGCGGAUGUAUGUGGCUCGGCAGCGAUACCGGCGCAUGCAGGAUGCAUCUCUCAUCAUCCAGUGCAUGCUUCGGGGUUAUGUGGCCAGACAGAAGUACCAGCAGAUGGUGCGUGAGCACAAGGCGGUCAUCAUCCAGAAGAUGGUGCGGGGCUGGCUGGCCCGGCAGUGGUACAAGCGCUCCUUGGAGGCUAUUGUUUACCUGCAGUGUUGUGUCAGGCGCAUGCGGGCCAAGAGGGAGCUGAAGAAGCUGAAAAUCGAGGCGCGCUCUGUGGAACACUACAAAAAGCUCAAUAUCGGCAUGGAAAACAAAAUUAUGCAGCUGCAGCGCAAGGUGGACGAGCAGCACAAAGACAACAAGAACCUACACGAUCGUCUGACGAACCUAGAGAACACCUAUUCAUCCGAGAGCGAGAAGCUGCGUAAUGAAGUGGAUCGUCUUCGCGGUACUGAGGAGGAGGCGAGAGUCAACUCUAAUCGUAUAACUUCUCUGCUGGAGGAACUGGCAAAACUCAAGAAGGAGCUUGAAGAGACACAGAGGGAGAAGAAAACCAUUGAGGAGUACGCUGACAAGUACAAGGUGGAAACUGAGCAGCUGGUGUCAGAGUUGAAGGAGCAGAACACUUUACUGAAGACUGAAAAAGAGGACCUUAACCGUCUUAUUCUGGAGCAGGCGCAGGAGAUGAAAGAGAAAAUGGAGAAGGCUUUAGUGGAAGAGACCAAGCAAAUCGAAUGCGAGCUGAACGAGGAACGAUCCCGAUACCAAAACCUGCUCACAGAACACCUGCACUUGGAGGCGCGUUAUGAGGACCUGAAGGAGGAAAUGACGUUGACCAUGGUUAUACCAAAGCCAGGACACAGGAGAACGGAUUCUACCCACAGCAGUAAUGAGUCAGAGUACACUUAUAACUCAGAAUUCGCUGAGCGAGAGGAGGAGGCAUCACGGGGACCUGAGGAUGUCCCUAAAGCACCUUUGGACAUGUCCCUCUUCCUGAAACUGCAGAAGCGGGUAACAGAACUGGAACAAGAUAAACAGUCGCUGCAGAACGAGCUCGACAGGAAGGAGGAGCAGAUUCACCGCAUCAAAGCAACGGAGGAAGAGCAACGAAACAGAGCACGAGGAGCAGAACUGGAAUAUGAGUCACUUAAGCGGCAAGAGUUGGAAUCUGAGAACAAAAAGUUAAAGAACGAUCUGAAUGAGCUGCGAAAAGUUCUGUCCGAGAAACCAACAGCAGCCAUCUCUGCGCCGGGCUCCCCUGCCUAUAAGGUUCUCCUCGACCAGCUAAAUGCAUCCAAUGAGGAACUGGAGGUCCGUAAGGAGGAGGUCCUGAUACUUCGCUCUCAGCUAGUCAGCCAAAAGGAAGCCAUGCAACAUAAGGAGGAUAAGGAGACCAUGACAGAAGCCAUGUUCUAUGCAGAGGAUCUACAGAAGAUGAAGGAUUCUGGUGAAAUAACUCAGGCGUAUCUUGGCCUUAAAGAAGUUAACAGAUCGCCCAAAUUCAGCUCUAAGCCUGUUGAAGUCGGUGAUCUCUUGAGUAGGAUAAGAUCCCCCCCUAAGGACUACCAUGAGCUGAAUGAGGACGGAGAGCUUUGGAUGGUUUAUGAAGGGUUAAAGGAAACCAACAGGCUCCUGGAAUCUCAGCUCCAGUCCCAAAGAAAGGGUUACGAAAACGAGGCGGAAGUUCUUCGUGGGGAGCUGCAGAGCCUGAAGGAGGAGAACAACCGGCAGCAGCAGCUUUUGGCACAAAACUUACAGUUGCCCCCCGAAGCCCGCAUAGAGGCGAGCCUCCAGCAUGAAAUCACCCGACUGACCAAUGAGAACCUGUACUUUGAGGAGUUAUAUGCCGAGGACCCUAGGAAGUAUCAGUUUUACCGGAUUUCACUUUAUCAACGGAUUAUUGAUCUCAUGGAGCAGCUGGAAAAGCAGGACAAGACUGUCCGCAAACUUAAGAAGCAGUUGAAACUGUUCGCCAAGAAGAUCGGAGAAAUGGGAGUGUUCAAUCAAGUGGAGAACGUGUCUCCUGGCCAAAUUGUGGACGAGCCAAUCCGCCCAGUGAACAUCCCCAGAAAGGAGAAGGACUUCCAAGGAAUGUUUGAGUACAAGAAGGACGAUGAAGUUAAACUGGUGAAGAAUCUGAUUCUAGAGCUGAAGCCAAGGGGCGUGGCUGUUAACCUGAUACCAGGCUUACCGGCCUACAUCCUCUUCAUGUGUCUCAGGCAUGCCGACUAUUUGAACGAUGACCAGAAGGUGCGAAGUUUGUUAACCUCAACUAUCAAUGGAAUCAAGAAGAUCCUGAAGAAAAGAGGAGAUGACUUUGAAACAGUCUCCUUCUGGUUGUCUAAUACUUGUCGGUUCCUCCACUGUUUGAAGCAGUACAGCGGUGAAGAGGGGUUCAUGAAGCACAACACAACCCGGCAGAAUGAACACUGUCUUACAAACUUUGAUUUGGCAGAGUAUAGGCAGGUCCUGAGUGAUCUGGCCAUUCAGAUUUACCAGCAGCUUGUGAAGGUGAUGGACAGCAUACUUCAGCCAAUGAUAGUUUCUGGAAUGCUAGAACACGAGACCAUUCAGGGGGUCUCUGGAGUGAAGCCCACAGGUUUACGCAAACGGACAUCGAGUAUUGCCGAUGAAGGCACCUACACGCUCGACUCAAUCCUGCGCCAGCUCAGCGCCUUCCACUCUACAAUGUGCCAGCAUGGCAUGGACCCAGAGCUUAUCAAACAGGUGGUCAAGCAGAUGUUCUACAUCAUCGGAGCGGUCACCCUCAACAACCUGCUUCUGCGCAAGGACAUGUGCUCCUGGAGCAAAGGCAUGAAUAUCAGGUACAAUGUAAGUCAACUGGAAGAGUGGUUAAGGGAUAAAAACUUGAUGACGAGCGGUGCCAAGGAGACCCUCGAACCGUUGAUCCAGGCGGCUCAGCUUCUACAAGUGAAGAAGAAGACUGAUGAGGAUGCAGAGGCCAUAUGUUCAAUGUGCAAUGCACUAAGCACAGCUCAGAUUGUCAAGGUGUUGAAUUUAUACACGCCAGUUAACGAAUUUGAAGAAAGGGUGUCUGUAACAUUUAUACGUACCAUUCAGAUACGUUUACGAGACCGGAAAGAGUCACCUCAGUUACUCAUGGACUCCAAACAAAUCUUCCCUGUUACCUUCCCAUUCAACCCCUCCAGUCUUUCUCUAGAAACCAUUCAAAUCCCAACCAGUCUCAACCUGGGAUUCCUCACUCGAGUCUAAGACAACGCAGCAAGUCACCCUCGGUUGAGAUAGAUUGUUACAGUUUGUGAAAAAAAUUUGAAAACCACCCAAGGUAAAAUUAUCCAAGUGCCACACUCCCACCACAGCUUAACAACUCAGUCCAGGAAAGCUUUUUGAGCCGUUUGGGUCGAGCCGAUUGGACCCUGAGGCCUUCAGAGUUUCAUAUUUGGCUGACAAAUUCCUUGAGGGAAUGAGCGGGACUGAGUGGCCGUGGAAUUUUUAAACUGGAUUAGUUUUGUUUUUAAUUGGAGGUUGAGAUUAUUUAUAUCCCAAAAACAAUAAGAUUAGUAAACUUGUAAAAAAAAAAAAAAAAAAGAUCCAAUUUGGUAGGGGUAACUCUUUUUAAAUCGUUCACACAGCUAAAUACAGAUAACUUUAGCACUAUAUAGAAUUAUUUGUCAAAUAUGUUUUCUUAUUUAUGUGAAAAUAAAAUAUGUAGAAUAACAAAAUGCAACUGAUUGCCUACUAUUUAAUAUAGAUGCAUAUUUAUUAGUAUCGUGGGCUUAUAUAGCACCCUGUAGGUAGAUACUGUGUCUCGUGUAACUUGCAUAUCCACUACAAGGUACGUAAUACAUAAAUAUCUUAUACAGUAUAUCGAUAAAGUGCACUGCGGUGUAUUGUGCUAAUCCAAUAGUUUCCUAAAAUACCGAUAUGGUGAACAAGUAUGAGAUUAUUGUGCUUAAUUUCGGUUGUCACUGUAACAUUACCAUGGAAAGGUCAUCAUGAAAAUCUUGGAAAGCUUACAGCACAACACGACACUUUGAUAUUCGCAGAUUGUCUUCAGCAAGGUUGAGUUUUACUGACGGAGCAGUUUGUUUGAGCUCAUGUGUUGUAUACUGUUGGAAUGAGUAAAGCACUCCUCAGUUGUUUGGUGCUUUUAUAAAACUACUUAAGCUUCUCUUAAGCACAAACGUUCAACACAUAUUGUUAUUUUUAUUGAACGUACUAGUACAAUGGAACAGUGGCGUUAAGAGUUUCCUUUCUAUAGCAGUCAUUACAGUGAAGGCUCAGCAUUACAUCUAAAGAAAAUACAUUUUGUUAUGGCACCGCUGUGCUUACCGAAUACGGCUGUUUGCCCAUCUGGGCACUCGGCGUUGAUCUGAGAGCCUCCGUGUGAAGAAUGGCACACUUUCUAUGUAUGUCGAAUCUGGCAUUUUAGGGCAUGUAAAAACCGCACACAUUCUCUCUCUCUCUCUCUCUCUCUCUUUUUUUUUUUUGUUUGUUCGACGAUCAUGGCUAAUGCCAGACCUUAAAAGGAAUACGGCUGAUCUUCUCACUAGAAUUGUUUUAAUUCCAUAAUUGUGAACUUGCAAAGGGCUACCAGGAAACGUAGCCGGCCGCAUUUUACUGAUGGAAAUAUCAUUUUAUACUUUUUGAAUUUUGCUUUUUUUUUUUUUUUGUUUUCCUUGGAUGUGCGCUCACCGAUGGUUUUAAGAUGCAUAUCAAGAUCACUGGGACCAGAGCGAGCCAACAGCCUCUGUGGACGGACCGCAGGUCACGGCCAUAUUUGAAUCAUUUGGAUGUGUGCUUUGGUACUACUGACGUACAGCUUAGUGCAUUAAGAAUGUUCUGAUACAAAGCCUCCCAACUGGAAUAUGCUGUUAGGUUUUAAAAAUACUAAAUGUCUUAUUUUUGGCACACCAUUGUUUAUUUUCUGUACAUGCUUGUGGUGUCAUUUUUAUGUUUUGUAUGUGUGUGUGUGUGUUUUGUUUUGUUUUUUCUUUUUAAACAGUUUGUUCUCAUCGUAAAGCCUUACUUGAUACUGGUUUAGCAGGCGGUCAUUUGGCAGACUGAAUUGUACUGCUGUUUAUUUUUUUGUUUUUCCAUUUAUUAUUUAGAUACAGUAUUUUAUGUUGUGUCUUGGAAUUUUGGACAGCAUGUCAUGACGAUCAAAAAUAAUAAAAAAAAAAAAAUUAUGGUUACGGUGCAAUCGUCUUAGCACUGCAUAUUGCUACUGUGAUACCGUUAGCAGUAUUUUUUCUGCACUUUGGUUGGUUUGUUAAAAUUGUUUUAAAAUUAAGCAUGUCCAGUGCAUAAUGUCAAUAUUUUUUUUUCUGUUAUGGGGGUAGCAAAGGGCAGCAUUUUGAAAUAAAGUUUGCCUUUAAACAAGC